AUGUCCAUCAUUCAGCGCCUCGCUGGCGGCGCCGACUUCGUGCUCGCGAGCACGGCGCCCGUCGACACCGACGGUGGAAAGCCACGACCGCGUUAUGUCGUCGGUCAGAAGCUCGAUGAGCUCGUUCAGUACCUGAAGAACCCGCCCGCGCAACUCGACAGUCUGGUGAGCAUCAGCAUCCCCUACAUUCUGGACGCAAAACUGACGAAAUGCUCCGAGCCCGCUUACCUCGACGCGGUCAAGCACAUGCAUUCUGGCCUUGACGAUCGCAAGCUGUUGCCUGCGCAGUUGGAGCACUUGCUCACCCUCAUGGCGCGCCUCGGCAGCGGCAAUGACUUUUCGAGCAGGGUCCAAGAGGCGGUCAUUGAUUUACUCUACAAGGACCUGCCCCACCCUCCGGCAUGCUACCUCUCCGUGCUACACCAAGCGGGCCUCAAUCUCAACGUCCCGCUCGCGAACGUCAAUUACGCCUAUCGCACCGCGGACGGAUCCUACUACAACCCUCUCUUUCCUACCCUAGGCAUGGCUGGUACACCAUACGCCCGAUCGGUGCCCUCAGCGAACUGUACUCCUCUCAAUAAUCUACCUGACGCCGGCCUUGUGUUCGAUACACUACUUCGACGCAAGGAAGGCACUUUCAAGGAGCACGAAGGCGGGAUGUCAAGCCUUUUCUUCGCUAUGGCCGACCUAAUAAUUCAUUGUAUAUUCGAUACCGACCAUAAGGAUAUAACGAAGAACAACACGAGCAGCUACCUGGACCUGAGUAUCCUCUAUGGUAAUUCGGAAGAGCAAUUGAACGGCGUCCGCCGCCACGAUGGCACUGGGCGCCUCUGGGACGACGUAUUCGCAGACCGCAGACUGCUCCUCAUGCCACCGAGCACGUGCGCGCUGCUCGUGCUCUUUUGUCGCAAUCAUAAUCACAUCGCCCAGCGCAUCCUCGAUAUCAACGAGAAGGGCAAGUACCGCUCCGUCGACAGCUUCAGCGACGAUGCUCGCAAGGCGCAGGACGAUGAGAUCUUCCACCGGGCGCGAUUGGUGAAUUGCGGGUUCUUUAUGCAGGUCAUCUUGGCUGACUACGUCGGCGCAAUCCUCGGCCUCGUCCGCGACGGGCUACCGUGGCGGCUGGAUCCCCUCAUGACGAUGCGGAGGGAGAGCCACGAGUUCUCGCCGCAGGGAGAGGGCAAUGUGGUGUCGAUUGAGUUCAAUUUGUUGUACCGAUGGCACGCCGCCCUCUCUGCUCAGGACACCAAGUGGACCGAGGGUCUUUUCAAGAGCGUGUUCGGUCAGGACGUUGACUUUGAUAAGGUCACUCCCACUGACUUCAAGCGCGUCGUCGGACGCAUGUUCGGCCAGCCGCAAGACCCGCGCACGGCGACGUUCACUGACUACGCCGGUCAGCGGCUCGAGAGGCAUCCGGAAGAGGGGGCCGCCACUCCAGAUGGUGCCGGCCGUUUUGCGGACGCGGAUCUGGCGCGGGUGUUGCAGGACGCAACGAGUUGGCGAGCCGGCUCGUACGGUGCUCGCGCUAUUCCCGCUGCGCUCCGUGUGAUCGAGGUGAUGGGUAUCGAGCAAAGUAGGGAGUGGGGGACGUGUUCGCUCAACGAGUUUCGCCACUUCAUGGGCUUGAAGAAGUACGACAGCUUCAAGGACUGGAAUCCGGAUCCUGUCGUUCACAAGCAAGCCGAGACGUUGUACAAGGACAUCAACAACCUUGAGCUACACGUCGGCAUGCAGGCAGAAGCCAUCAAGACGCCAGGUCCAGGAGCAGGCCUUUGUCCGGGAUACACAAUUUCGCGUGCGAUUUUGGGCGAUGCCGUUGCGCUGACGCGAGGCGAUAGGUUCUUGACAACUGAGUAUACUCCGAACAAUCUGACGCGCUGGGGGUUCAAGUACAGCCAUGUCGAUCCGGACGAUGGCUCUGUCGGUGGCAUCCUUCCGCGCAUGCUGCUCGCAACGUUGCCGGACCACUAUCCCUCGGGAAGCGCAUACACCCACUUCCCGUUCCUCGAACCCGCCUACAUCCGGAACGAGAUGCGCAAGCGAGGAGACAAGAACUUAGACAGAUAUACAUGGGAUCGCCCUGCCGUCCCUGCGCCCUUGACUGUCAUAUCGACCUGGGCUGAGGCAGUGGAGGUGCUGGACACGCAGAAGGCCCGCUUCGUGUCGUCGUACCCGCAGCGACUGAAGGACGUCACGGGUGUGGAUGCGGACUCAAAGCUGCUCGCAAGGAAGACCUUGCUGCGGCUCGCGCCACGUUUGCCGGCAUACUUCGCGUCCAAGACCAUGGAGUUGAUCAAUGCGAGUCCGGUAACAUAUGUCGAUGCGGAUACGAAGACGGUCGAUAUUGGGCGCCAUGUUAUCAACUUGCUACCGGUGCAUUGGAUAUCGCAGCAGCUCGCUUGCAUUGCGCUCAAGACGGAGAGCAACCCAUUGGGUACGGAGUACGAGAGCGACGUGUGCGACAUGUUCGAGAAUGUGUGCAGAUACGUCUACCUCGACAACGACACCUACAACCACUUCCGGCUGCAGACGGACGCCAGGAAAGCGUUCGAGCAUCUCACGUCGUUCACCGCCCGCAAACUGCGCGCGAUGACUGGCUCGAGAAUAUCCGUGUCAGGCAUCACUCAAACCCUGUCGCGUUUCAUACUCAAGGAAGACGAUAGCACGCCUUUCCUCCGUGCUCUUCUUGAAGGCAGCGAUGGCGCCGACGCUGAUACCCUUGCGGCACACCUCUUCGCGGAGGUCGUCCCUACGGCGGCGCACUUCUCGCGCAUCGUCAUGCAGGUCGUGGACUUCUUCCUGGGCAGCGACGAGGAGGGCGACGAGAAGAGGCAGGCGAGAGAGGCUAUCGUGGCGUUGGCGUCGCAGUGCACGGCGGAGGCGGACAAGCAGGUUAUGAAGUAUGUGGAUGAGGCGCUGCGCCUUGAACCGGCGGUAUCGGGCGUAUACAGAACUGCAUCUGCUGCUGCAGUCGUCGGGAACCAGCGCAUUGAGGCGGGUCAGCGCGUGUAUGUAGCACUGUCGGCGGCGAAGCAGGAUUCAUCGGUCUUCGGCGCAGACACAAGCACUGCUGACUUCAAGAGGAGUACGCCAUCGUCGACCCGUCUUGGGCUGCCGGACUCCGGCUUGCUGAUACCACAGUUAUUCGACCGAAUAUUGCCGCGUGUGCUCGGGGUGAUCUUUGGGUUGAAGAACCUUCGUCGCGCGCCUGGGCAGUCGGGAGUGAUGAGCAGCUUCACGCAGACGCUGCACGGUGCGCCCGAGAAGCUGUUCUUUGACUUCGAUGGGAACGUUACGCCAAUCCCAGAGUCACUCUUCGUCGAGGUGAGAGCGCCGUAUCCAGCGGCUUGCUGCGCACACUGA